CCUAUUUUUGAUCGGGGUCAAGAUAGCAAGUUGAAAUUGUCCGAUAUUUUGAAAGAAGCAAAUUUAUAAUCUUCGGUCAUGAUCACCCUCUAUGAGAAAAAAGUGCGAAGCGAUCUAAUUAAUUAAUAAAUAAAUAUGUAUCUUUGUUCCAGAUAUAAUGGAUUUUUACCUCAAGGCGACAAGGGGCGCAGGCGUAGCAAAUUCGUCUUCUACAAACGGACGGUGGCGAACGGAGUGAAAAGACUGAGGCACUACGUGGUGAGGACACCUCAUUCCUCACAGGCCAUAUUGGAUGCCAACCAACACUCUAUAUCGUACACAUUGUCCAGGAACCAUGCCGUCAUUGUGGAAUACACCAGCGAUGAGGACACGGAUAUGUUUCAGAUCGGCAGAUCAUCUGAAUCGCCUAUCGACUUUGUCGUCAUGGAUACUAUACCAGGCGAUAAAACAGGCGAAACUAAAGUCAAUCAAAGUACGAUAUCGAGAUUCGCCUGUAGGAUAUUAUGUGAUAGAAACAAUCCCAAGAUAGCUAGGAUAUACGCCGCGGGAUUCGAUACGUCUAAAAAUAUAUUUCUAGGGGAAAAAUCUUUAAAAUGGCAAGAAAACGGCAGAGAAAUCGACGGCUGUACAACGAACGGGGUACUUUUAAUGCAUCCAAAAGGCGUUUUUUGUGGUGGCGAAGCACAGUAUGGUCGUUGGGUGGAAACGUCAGUUGGAGGCGGCAUUUUUUCACUUAGGGAAUCCAGAUCAGCACAACAAAGGGGUCAACCAGUUGACGAUAUAACAAACGUACUACAAGAUGGAACAUUGAUAGAUUUCUGUGGCGCUACUUUGUUGUGGCGUUCAGCUGAAGGUUUAGCAAAGUCACCGAGUAAACGAGAUCUGGAACGAGAGAUAGACGAAAUAAACGCAGGUAGACCUCAGUGUCCUGUCGGGUUAAACACACUAGUCAUACCACGAAGAGUGUCGCCGAAUGAGAACCAACAGCAACCUUACGUGUACUUGAACUGUGGCCACGUCCAAGGACUGCACGAUUGGGGCCAGGAUCGGGAUACAGGAUCAAGGAAGUGUCCUAUCUGCUUAGAGAUGGGGCCAGCUGUAAAGGUGUUCAUGGGACUGGAGCCUGCUUUUUAUGUAGACUCUGGUCUACCGACAUUUGCUUUCAAUCCCUGCGGGCACAUGGCGACUGAGAAAACGGUCAAGUACUGGGCAAACGUGGCAAUUCCCCACGGAACCAACGGUUUCCACGCCGUGUGCCCUUUCUGCGCCUCCCCUCUAUCCGGAUCACCGGGAUACGUGCGGCUCAUCUUUCAAGACAACGUCGACUGAAUACAACACACAAUGUUUGGACACUGCACCAUCUCGUGUUAUCCGUUGUAUGUAUUAUAUUAUGUCUCGCGUGUGAAUGAACCGCCCCCAAUGAGUCUGUAGAAUAAUAGGUCACCAAAGCUUUAUUUAUAUCGCUAGCGUUAGGGAGAGCGUACUCGUAAUUGUUAAAGGCAGUUGGUAUUUGGUUGGCAUGCUUUAUUUUAAAUAAACACCAAAAAAAUUGUUUUUUCAUGUCACUAUACAGCGUGUUAAUAAAAUACCUGGCCAGGCUUGAGAUUAUUACUCCUGCAGGGUUCUUUUGUCAUCUUUUUUAAAAACUCCAUUUUCCGUGAAAAUCCUGAUAUUUUUUCAUGCAUCAAUAAAACUCAAGCCUCCAGAGAUGACGCUACAACAAUCUGUGGUUUUAGUAGAUGAUUUUUUAAUAAUUGUUUUAGAACUGUUUGCGAUACAUCUGAACCAAGAUAUCAAAAAAUUUCAACAGACAAAAAGUCAUUGUUUUUGAAUUGUGAAUGAAUAAGAAAUAUUUUCCCGAUAAAGUUGCACAAAAUAUUCACGCACGUCACUUUGACCGAUUUGUCCAACAAGUAGAAAAUUAAAUGGAAAACUUCAUUAUGUCAAUUUCUGAUUUAUUGUUUGACAAACAAUUACGGAGAGGGUGAGGGUUCAUUUUCAAGUUAGUGGCAGGUUUAAGAAUAAACAAUUCUUUUUUGAAGGAAAAUAUGUAAUAACUAACGCCACUAGUACAGCGGAAAUUGUAUGAGAACGUCGGCUUACAGUACAUAGUCGACUAUAAUCAGGUGGAGUAUGUUUAUUGGUGAGAUAUGAAAUAAAUACAGGGUGUUCAGUAGGAAAGUCCACUUUUUGAUUUAAGAAAAAAAUACAAACUUAAUGAAAAUAAAAUAUCUAUAUCUAUUCCUCUCUUCUAAUCGCGCAUGGAAAUUGUGAAACACUUACAGAGUUCCGGAGAGAUAUUGUUUAUUUCUCGUCAAAUGUUGUCUUUAAGCUCCUCCAGUGUUCAUGGCUUAUUGGAAUACACUUUUGACUUUAGAUAACCCCACAAAAAAAAAAUCGCAUGGCGUGAGGUCGGGUGACCUAGGAGGCCAGUAAAUCUCCAAACUUCGAUAUAACUUUUUGAGGAAAAAGUGCUUUCACCGUGUCCGUCGAUUCUCUGGAAGUAUGGGUGACCCCAUCCUGUUGAAACCACGCGUUUCUGUCAAAUCGACGUUAUGUUCUUCCAAUAGAAGCAAAAAAAGUCCUUGUAUCGCUCGGAAUUGACCGUCGAUACAUGACCGUUUUCAUCUUCAAAGAAAUACGGCCCAGUAAUACCGCUAUACCAAACAGUCACCUUUGGACGAUGUAGCUGUUGUUGAUGUUUCUUUUUUGGCUUCGUUGGUGCCCAAUAUUUGCAAUGUCUAAGUGAAAAUGGUCCUCGUCACUGAAUACAACGUUUUCGAGUCUGCGCUGCGUAGGAAAAAGUUUCAACAUCCGUUCUGCACAAGAUUUCCGUAAUAUGUAAUCACUUUCCUUUAAAGCAUGGACUUAUUGGAUUUUAUGAGAAUGAAAACCCAUAUUUUCUUCAUUAUGCCAAAGCCAAAGCAGCGGAAUGCUUCCAUACUGAACGCCGAGGAUUUGCAAUGACCGAAUCACUUACUCGACGCACAUUUUCUGCGAUUGAUACAGUAGGUGUGGCGCAAGAAUGGGUGGACUAAGAGUGGAGCUUGUUUCACGGGAUUUCUUAAUGCACUGUUUCAAUAGGUACUUACUUGGUCGACGAAUGUUGUAUCGUGUACAAAGUUUCCGUAAGGCAGCUGCGUAUGAAUCACCACUCUUCGAUAGCAAAAGCACGUUGCGCUCCGGUCCAACGUUCCACUGUUCCAUUUAACCCGCACGCCGAACGCGUCGAUCAACACCUCUCCCCCACUUGCUCACGUAUUCGAUUGCCGCGUAAUUCAAAUUUGAAAUGUGAACUUUCCGACUGGUAUUUUGCAAAAAUGAUUCCGUUUUCAUUGUCAAUCAAAUAUCCACUGCCUAGCUUCAUCCCGAUGUAUUAUUGUAAAUAAAAAUGAAAUUUGCUCGCCAUAUUUAUAAAAUUGUAGGGAACACGAUAAUAAGUGAGAAAGCAAGAAGUAUUUUUUACAAGAAACAGGAGAACGCCUUCAUAUUUAGAUUUUGUAGCUGAAAGGUUUUUCCGAUUGAAACUGUUGUUGUUGUACAUAUAUUUGCUAUUGAAAGCGGGUAAGGGUUCACCAUAUCUGUUGCAGAUUGAUAUACGACAAUAUUACUGACUGUACAUGGAGAUCAUAUAUUUUGGAUAAAACGCGGUUGAUCACUUCUACCGGAUACUGUCCCACUGUAUAGUGGGUGAAGACUUGAAUCGUGUACUGUGACAAAAGUUUGAACGUCAAUGUCCAAGAUUUCCAUUUUUUUCCCUCUGCAGCGCAAGUGUGAUGAGAGAUAUUUUUUCUCGAGUAUCUGUAACUGAUGCGGUUGUGCAUUGUAUGGUCGUAAGCGAAUUGUAUCUUAAUAUCGUAUUUGAAAGGAUAAGGUAUUAUUGCAUCUUGUGUUCUACUCUAAAAAAUGAUGCAUUCCAAUGUAGGAUACUAAAUUACAGAUAAAAAUUCACCAGCUUUGAUGCUAUUGGGCAAAUAAGAAUGCGAAAAUGUAAAGAUUUAUUCCAAGGUGCAAAAAUACUGGGAAAGUCUUAGGUAAUUUUUAUUAUAAAUAUCCCGCUAUGUCCUUUUUUUCGGUAUUCUCCCUAUCAUUUGUUUAUAGUAAUGUUUAGUGCAAAUGUAUGAUCGUUUAAGACUGGUUAGCAUUUAGAGUAUAAUAUAUGUAAAAAAGAUCGUCACCUAAAUAUUUAUAAAAAAAUAUGUGAAAUUAUGUUCUGUGUAAUUUUAAUUUUGAUAUUGUAUACAACGUAACGUUUUUACCUUAUAUCCGUACAUUAUUUCCUGUAUAAUUGAAAUUUAUUAACAAACAUAUCUGUAUCGUAUUCGGAUUGUACUUUAGGCGACGGAUAUUCAAGUAUUUUUGAGAAACGAAUGUAAACCAUAUUUUUGAAAAAUUAUGCCGCGCCUAUGGAUUUUUAAAUCUUAGUUCUAUUAGAAUUUUAUUUGUCAGAGUGUGACUCUUGGCGAUUUAACACUGCAUACGCGUGUCUAAUAAGGUGUGUGAUUUGAAAUAUAAGCAUCAUAGGAUUCAUCUUGUUAGUGUUAAGCAACUCCCAAAAUCACACAAGUUAUGUCAUUUUGUAGCAUUUGUAAUGGACAUUUAUAUCCUUUUGAAAGACGCUAGUAGAACAUUUAGAUUUAUGCGGAUGAUAAUAUGAGAUUAAAUAAAAACGUGAAUUUGCAGGCUUCAAAGAUAUAACUGUCUAUAUUGUUGUUACGAUGUUUUUUAAAAAAAUAUUUGUAAAAUACAUUUUUAUAGAAUAGCCUACUGUCCAAAUCUAACAGAGAUUGAAAAUAACCACAACGCAAAUGAACACAUUGGUGUAUAAUUUUGUGAUCGUUUCUUAUUAAUAUAUUCAGGGUGAGUCGAUAACUGAAUUAUUACGCAUGGUAUCUGAAGAAGUUUUUAAACACCGCAUAAUUUGUCAAAAGAAAAAAACUGAAAAAGUGAGCAGGUAGGGAGAAAAUAUGUGAACAUAAAAUAUUUUUGGACAGGGUGUUCGAAAAAUGGACAGAUAUUUUUGUUAAAAAAUAUGAAAAAAACAUUCUAUAAACAUUUCUUAAAAAAUUUGGCAAUAUUAUUUUUUGUAUUAAGAGGCUAAUUGUUUUAUUUUUGUUUUCCAAGGCACUUGUGAUUUUUUUAGCGAAAAUUAAUAAACCAAUUUUGUUCAGUGACAUGCAAUAAAACGGUUUUUUUCUCUAAAACGAAGUGGGAUACGAGAAAAAUACAAGAGUCAAAUAAGUUGUAUCUGUAGAUGAAUAACCAAACAACAAAUAUUAAAGUAACAAAAAAGGCAGUGGCGUACAUUUUUUCUGCCAAUAAUGUUCGCUAAGAUGCUCCCACCCACUGGUCCUAACAAUUUUAAUCUAUUUAGAGAUAAAUCAGCCGCUCAAUACAAUAAAUCAUAUUGCCAAAUUUCAACAGAAUCUAGUAAAUAUAUUAUAAGAUAUUAAUAAAAGAAAUUAUCACCCUGUAUGUUGAAAACUCUGCAUGUCUGGACGUUUGUUUAUAGAAACUUUUUUUAUAUCUUUUAACACUCCAUAGUAGGUUAUUAUGGCAUUGCUUCAUUUGAAAAGACUUAUCCACAUCAGCAACAAAAUGUAGGGCUUUCCAUUUGAAGUAUAGAUAAAAACAUUUUCCGAGUCAAUUUUCUUUAGUUAACUUUUUUUAGAUACAAUGCAUAUUAUAAUUGGAGUUAUUGGCCAAACCCACACUGAAACUCACCCUGUGUAUACUUUUCUGUAUAUUUAAGAUGAUUGUGUUCAAUAUUCUCCGUAGAUUUAUUUUCCGUUUUGUUGAUAUGGUAUCAUGAAUGAAACAACAAUUUUUUUGAACAAAAUAAAAUUGCUUUUUUAUGAGAAGAUAAUUCAAUAAUUCUGUAUAAAUUCAGUGGAUACCCAUUUUUCAAGAUUUGUAAUAUCUUUUUUUUAAUAUACAAUUUAACGAAUGGUUUGCUUUUUAUUUAAUUCAAAAUAAUUUCGUAAUUUUGGGAGGAGUCAUGUUGGGAUAUAGUAUAGACAAAAAGUCAUUGUUAUAAUUUUUUAAGCAAUUUUAGUUAAGGCAUACAUAGUUCGUGAUUUUAUAUGUUUAGGAUUUGUUACAUGUACUUUGUAAAUAUUAUAAAUAAGCCAUUACGCGGUAGUUGGUAGUAUUUAACUAUUUAUAGUCCCACAACAAAAAAAGAAUUUAUCUGUGCCUGGAUUCACCAAUAAAUAUUUAAAAAGCA